AUGUCCCAUUCCGCACUCGUUGCAGUCGCCCUUUGGGAUUCCAUCAUUGCGACCUACGGAGAUCUCAGUAAAGUCGACACAAUCCCCUGGUGUAUUGGUCCUACGAUUGAGCUUACCGCUUUGAUCACCUUUCUCGUUCAAAGCUUCUUUGCGUACCGAAUCUAUAAAUGUUUUGAAGUGCAAAAGGAGAAGCUCACUGUAGCGAUUCCAAUUGUUGCGCUCACUUUUGCUCGUUUAAUCUUGGCUUGCAUCACAACUGGCGAGAUGCUCAAAUUGAAAUCAUACAACGCAUUCUUUCAACGUAACUUCUCAUUUUCAGGUGGUGGCCAGCUUCGCCGUAUUGACAUUCCAACAGAAUUUUCUUGGGUCCUCACUACUGGUCUUUUGCUUUCAGCACUCGUGGAUGUCAUGAUCACGACUUUCCUGUGCUACUUCCUUCGCAAACAGCGACCAUCUUUUACAGACACUAUGCGUAUCAUCGACACCCUGACGUUCUGGACAAUUCAAAAUGGCUCGAUAACAUGUGCUGCGGCCAAUGCAACAUUGUUUUGCUGGAUGACGAUGCCUUCGAACCGCGUAUUCCUAGGCCUUCACUUUGUCGUAGCAAAAUUAUAUGCCAACUCCUUUCUAGCUACUCUCAACGCCAGAAAACAAAUAUGGAACGGAAAGCAAUACACUCCUGCAAGCAAUCGACCUAUGCCGAUCGUCUUUCUGGAGGGCAUUGAGCAUGGACCUGAUUCUUCGAUCACGCAACAGGGAUCGCUGCAAAUGAAUACUCCCCAACUGAAAGCAGUGUACCAACGGGGAGCAUUGGUCCAAGUAAACAUUGAUCAGAUCGUGGAGUCCAGGGACGAUGAUGGCAAGGAGGUGACAAACCGUGACGCGAUCGAUAGUUCAGUCUGA